UUGAGGACAAGAAACAAAGAAAGAAGAUGCAUUCAGCACUGGGGUUGUCCUUCAUGGUAAUUGCGGUUUCCUCCAAUUUUGCAAUGGCGAUCAAGAAGGAAAAAAGACUUCCCCAGACACUCUCAAGAGGAUGGGGAGAUGAAAUAACCUGGGUACAAACUUAUGAAGAAGGACUGUAUCAAGCAAAGCAAAGUAAUAAGCCACUGAUGGUUAUUCACCAUUUGGAAGACUGUCAAUAUUGUCAAGCACUGAAGAAGGUUUUUGCAGAAAACCAAGAAAUACAAGAGAUGUGUCAGAACGAUUUUGUCAUGCUCAACCUCAUGCAUGAAACCACAGACAAGAACUUGUCACCUGAUGGACAAUAUGUGCCUCGAAUUAUGUUUGUAGAUCCUUCUCUCACUGUGAGAGCAGAUAUCACAGGAAGAUACUCUAACCGACUCUACACUUAUGAGCCCCAAGACCUGCCAGUGUUAAUAGAGAAUAUGAAGAAAGCAUUACGCCUCAUUCAGACUGAACUUUAAGUGGGAGCUAUGACAUUGUCACCACCAGUCUCCAACAAUGUGAACCAAGGAGAACCACCUGCUAGGGGUGUACAAACAACACAGCUCUCUUCUUUACCUGCUGUUAUCUCAUGCAAAGGUUAUCUCACAUUACAAUGGUUAUAAUGACAGACUUCAGCCAGUGAGAAAGAAGGUCCAGCCCAACUCUGCACUACAGAGCCCAUCAUUUCAUACUAGAUGAAAGAUACCAUAGCGAUCUUUAAAUACCUCUUAGAUGCAGCUAUCUUACAAGUAUGUCCAUGGGAAAAGGGAUGUAUCUUAGGUACAUAAGACCCCCCCCAUGAAACUGAAAAAAAAUGUAAAGAAAAAAGUU